AAAUCCCUAAACGCUGUGUCUAUCUUCCAUAUGCAGCAAAAAUACAUGUUAGCUGUUUCAAGAAUCAAGUGUCUUCUCAUAUCAAAAAAAAGGAUCAAGUGUCUUCUAAACCCAACUCUGUCAGCCUUCUCUUCUCACCUCACUAAACCCACUCCUCUUGCUUUCUUUUCCUUAGCCUCCAAUCCCUAUCCAUGCAACUCCAUAAUUUUCCAGAACCCAAGUUUCCUACCCCUAAAACCCACAAUAUUCUCGCUCAAAUCCUCAUUUAUUUUAAUUCAAAAUCGUGGCAUGCACGUAAAGGUGGAUCCGCCGUCGUCGACCGGUGAGAUUCACGCCAUCGUUGGCCCGAUGUUCUCCCGAAAAACCGUAAGGCUUCUCCGCAGGAUUCAGUCUGAGAGAAGCAAUGGCAGGAGGAGCUUUGGUUCUGUGCUAGAUAGAAUUCCCCAUGCUGAUUCUGUGACCAGAUUAACUGAUCAUUGUGAACUUUGUCAUAGACGUGCUUUCUUCACCUCAAGUGGGGCUGGUAGAGAUUUUACUGAUACAGCAGGGAAUGAUGACAAUAGAUCAGAGUCUGAGACUGAGUGGGAAAGGUUAAUUAAACCUUUUGACCUCAAACAGCUUAGGAAGUCACUUAAUCAAAUCAGCCCCUAUCAGCUAUGUAAAUUGCUUGAGCUACCCCUUGAUGUGCCCACAUCGAUGGAGAUAUUCAAGUGGGCGGGUGCUCAAAAGAGCUAUUGCCAUUCGUUUGAUGUGUAUUAUGUGCUGGUAGAUAAGCUUGGGGCGGCAGGGGAGUUCAAAGUCAUAGAUAGGCUGCUGGGGCAGAUGAAAGAUGAAGGGAUUGUUUUUAGAGAGUCACUUUUCCUCUUAAUUAUGAAAUAUUAUGGAAGAGCUGGUCUACCAGGGCAAGCAACUAGGUUGCUUCUGGAUAUGAGGGGUCUUUAUUCUUGCGAGCCAACCUUCAGAUCUUACAAUGUUGUGCUGGAUAUAUUGGUGGCUGGGAAUUGUCCUAAAGUUGCACCAAAUGUUUUCUAUGACAUGUUAAGUAAAGGUGUUUCUCCUACUGUGUACACAUUUGGGGUGGUGAUGAAAGCACUUUGUAUGGUUAAUGAGGUGGAUUCCGCAUGCUCUCUUCUUAGGGACAUGACAAAGCAUGGUUGUGUGCCGAAUUCAGUGGUAUACCAGACUCUGAUACAUUCACUCUAUAAGAGUGAAAGAGUGAAUGAAGCUUUGAAACUUUUGGACGAAAUGUUUCUUAUGGGCUGUGCACCUGAUGUUCAGACCUUCAAUGAUGUUAUUCAUGGCCUUUGCAAGCUUAAUCGGAUUCAAGAAGCGGCAAAGUUGGUUGAUCGGAUGCUUCUUCGGGGUUUUUCUCCUGAUAAUAUAACUUAUGGAGUUUUAAUGCAUGGGUUGUGUAGAAUGAGGCAAGUAAAUGAAGCAAGGGCAUUGUUGAACAAAGUGCCUGUUCCAAAUGUUGUGCUCUUCAAUACGUUAAUCAAUGGGUAUGUGACCUGUGGAAGGUUUGAAGACGCCAUGGCUGUUAUGAAUGAUUUUAUGCUAAAUACCAUCUGUGUCCCAGAUGUCUUUACGUUUAACAUACUGGUUCGGGGACUUUGCAAGAAGGGUUGCUUGGCUUCUGCUCGUGAAUUGGUUAAUGAGAUGACAACUAGGGGUUGUGAGCCUAAUGUAGUUACAUACACAAUAUUGAUAGAUGGUUUCUGCAAAGAAGGCCAACUAGAGGAAGCUGGUGAAGCUUUAAAUGAGAUGUCAACAAAGGGUCUUAGUCUGAAUACAGUGGGAUACAAUUGCCUUAUAUGUGCUCUGUGCAAGAAUGAAAAAGUUCAUGAAGCUUUGGUAAUGAUUGGUGAAAUGUCUAGGAAAGGAUGUAAACCCGAUAUAUUUACAUUUAAUUCAGUAAUAUUUGGACUGUGCAAGGUCGGUAAGAUGGAAGAGGCAAUGAGAGUCCACCAUGAUAUGUUACUGGAGGGUGUAAUUGCCAACUCUGUGACUUAUAACACUUUGAUUCAUGCUUUCCUAAGAAGAGGUGGGAUCCAGGAAGCCCUUAAGCUUGUGGAUGAGAUGCUGUUUAGAGGGUGCCCUCUUGAUGUAAUAACCUAUAAUGGCCUAAUGAAGGCACUCUGUAAAGCUGGGGCUAUUGAGAAAGGAUUGGGACUGUUUGAAGAAAUGAUGAGUAAGGGACUGAAUAUCAAUAAUGUCUCAUGCAAUAUUUUGAUCAAUGGUCUUUGUAGAGUUGGAAAAGUACAUAAUGCACUUGAGUUUCUUAGGAGUGUGAUUCAUCGGGGUUUGACACCAGAUAUAGUCACAUACAAUACCCUGAUAAAUGGUCUAUGCAAGAUGGGGCGUCUUGGAGAGGCCUUGAAUCUCUUUGAUAGAAUACAAAUUGAAGGAAUCCGUGCUGAUGCUAUUACUUAUAACACUUUAAUCCGUUGUUACUGCAGAGAGGGCAUGUUUGAUGAUGCUUAUUUAUUCCUGCGUGAGGGUGUGGAUAAUGGUUUUGUACCUAAUGAUGUGACAUGGUAUUUAUUGGUCACCAAUUUUGUUAGAGAAAGUGCCAUGGAGAGUCAGACCUUUACCUCAGCCUUGUUUUAGUGUCUUGAAGGAAGUGCUGCUCACAUAAAAUGAUCUUUUUUCAGUGUCAUGACUUGAGCUUCUUGUUUUGGAUUUUCUGGGACAUGCAAUUGGGAGAUUUGGACCCUUGCUCUCUGGCAGAAAUUAUUCUGAUGGUAUGAAGGUGAUUCCCAUAUGGUCUCUUCUGCGAUUUUAUUUGGGGGAAAUGGGUAUUUUCCCAAAAAAGGGCAUUCAGAGCUUCAUUGGGUUGCAUUUGAUUUAUCUGGACAUCUUUGUACCUGCCGAUUGGACUUUGGGUUUGGUAUGCUGGGAAAAAGUCGGCUAGCUGUUCUCUGUUAGUGCAUCAGAAUCUUGCAAUGUUGAAGGGAGAAGAAGGUUUAACCAUUAGAUGUAUAGGGGAAAUGAUCAUGGUGAAGCUUGAGUGUGCGGCCCUGGCUAGCAGAGCAAACGUUUCAAAUCCUUAUAUCAUGGAGCAAGAAAACAUCUUCAAGUUUGGAACUAUGUGCUGAGGCUGGGUUGUUUGUUUCGUUUCUUCCAUACAGAAACUCAGGAGGAAUGCAGUUUUGACUGGCAUUGCAACAAAUACAAGCUAAUGUCUGCUUAAAUUAUACCGUUACAUUCAUCAUCAUACAAAAGCUAUUCAUUUCUUCUCAUAUGAUAGAAAACCAUUCGAUUUACAUCCUUGGUCCUUGUUGUACAUUAAGACACAAUUGUAUCUUAGCUGCCAAAUCUCGCAUUUCAAUAAGACAGAAGGCAAGCGACUUAACUUUA